AUGAGUAAAUCUCAAAGUAAAGAAUUUUUCAAGAAAAAACAACGUGGUCACAAUAAAAAGAAUAGCAUUGUCACCGGUGGAAUAGCUCUCGGUAAUGUUGGCCAGAGUAAAGUAUAUCACCUUCCAAUGUCUCAUGGCAGCUCGACUGGUCUACUUGGCAGCGGAGAAGAUCCAGCUGUUGUCAUUAUCAAUCCUCAUCCUUCAACGGCUGCCAAUGCACAUCAUACAAAAGAAAAACGUACAAAGAUUUGUUGUCUUUUAUGA